GCUGUAACCUCGCCAUGGCGUCGUGUCUCUGCUCUCUCAGUAACAGAAAGUGGCCGCCUCUCUGCUGUUGCUGCCGACUCAAAGCUCACAGACUCGCUCGGCGCCCCAAACCGCCAUUUUGGAGUCAGAGAACCGAGAGUCGGCAGCAGCGACGAGAGAGACGAAAAGGGGGACACGGGGUCGAGAGUAAUUCACCUUUGUGUCAGUGGUAGUCUUGGGCCAAGGAUAAUGACAUCCCAUUCUGAGAAGUAAGUUGCUAACCUGCGGGGUAGAGGUGUCUGUGCCAUAUGGCGUCAGGGCAGGGUGGCCGGCUGGAGGUUGGGUCAUCAGGGAGCUCUGGCCUGGCCAAACCUCUCUACCUGCAGCGCCUAGAAAGGUCCCUGAAGCUAGACAGCUUCUUGCGACAAACAGCUAACAUCUUCAAUAAAGACAUAACCAGUGAUGAUAGUGAUGACAGUGAUUGUGCACUGGGGACAGGGCUGUCCCUGGAUUCCUCCAAUCAACAUACAGCAUUGACAGUAAAAAGUGAGUCGUGUGAGCAGGGGGAUGUGUUGGCAGAGGGUAAGCCCCUCAACGGAGUCCUGCUACAAAGUAAAGACCAAAAGGCAGAUAAAACGAGCCUCUACAAUUUCACCAAGUUGAAGAAAAAUAGGAAAUGGCUGAAGAGUAUCCUAUUAAGUGAUGACACCACAGACUCUGACACAGACUCAGAUGAUUCUGACUUCAUCUUGUCUCGGGAGGAGUUGCAUGACAUGCUGAGGUUACACCGUUACACCAGACAGCAUCAGAGCAAGUUCCACUCUGAUAAUGAGCUUCAUCAGUAUCAGUACUACAGCACUGGACUCCUAUCCACUCAUGACCCGUUCUAUGAGCAACAGCGCCACCUACUGGGCCCAAAGAAGAAGAAAAUCAAAGAUGAGAAGAAAUUCAAGGCCAAACUGAAGAAGGUGAAGAAAAAGAAGAAGCGGGGAGAGGGAGAGUUUCUGGAUGAGGGAAGACCUUAUGUCACCAAGAUCUUUGCUAAGUUCUCCCAUGAUGCUCCACUGCCUGUGGUGAAGAAAAAACAUUUGACUAUUGAACAGUUGAAUGCACGACGACGCAAAGUCUGGCUUACUAUUGCUAAAAAAGAGAUUCCUAAGACUUUUAAGCAGAAAACCUCUGCUAAAAAUCUGGUGUUGACAAAUGCUAAAAAGCUGGCUCAUCAGUGCAUGCGAGAGGUUCGGCGUGCUGCUAUUCAGGCCCAGAAGAACUGUAAGGAGACACUACCCCGGGCACGACGACUCACAAAGGAGAUGAUGCUUUAUUGGAAAAAAUAUGACAAAGUGGAAAAAGAGCACAGGAAGAGAGCAGAGAAGGAGGCCCUGGAGCAACGUAAACUUGAUGAGGAAAUGAGAGAGGCUAAGCGUCAGCAGCGUAAACUGAAUUUCCUCAUCACCCAGACAGAGCUAUAUGCUCAUUUCAUGAGUGGUAAAGCCAGCGUGGGGGGCCCAGGUGGAGAUGCAGCGCAGGAGGAAAUUCUUAGAAAGCUUGAGGACACUGGUGCCCAGAGACAAAUUGAUAUUGGAGGAGGUGUCAUGGUCAAUAUGGGACAAGAGGAUUAUGAUAGUGAAUACUACAAGUCCCAAGCCCUCAGGAAUGCUAAAGAGGCUUACCAGAUUCACCAAGAUAGGACGCGAAUGUUUGAUGAAGAGGCAAAGGACAGUCGUAGUGCAUCAUUGCAUGCAGCUGGUGGGCUUUCCUUAGUUCCCACCUCUGGGUUCGGAGAGAGCUAUAGCCUGUCCAACCCAUCCAUCCAGGCAGGUGAAGACAUUCCUCAGCCCACGAUCUUCAGCGGCAAACUGAAGGGUUACCAACUGAAGGGCAUGAACUGGCUGGCCAACCUCUAUGAACAGGGAAUCAAUGGAAUCCUGGCUGAUGAGAUGGGACUGGGGAAGACGGUUCAGAGUAUCGCCCUGCUGGCCCAUUUAGCAGAAAGAGACAACAUCUGGGGUCCAUUCCUAAUCAUCUCUCCCGCUUCCACACUCAACAACUGGCAUCAGGAGUUCACCCGCUUUGUCCCCAAAUUCAAGGUCCUGCCAUACUGGGGUAAUCCUCAUGAUCGCAAGGUGAUUCGGAAGUUCUGGAGUCAGAAAACCCUUUACACACAAAAUGCACCAUUCCACGUGGUGAUCACCAGUUACCAGCUGGUGGUCCAGGACGUCAAGUACUUCCAGAGGGUGAAGUGGCAAUAUAUGGUUCUGGAUGAAGCCCAGGCACUGAAAAGCAGCACCAGCGUUCGAUGGAAAAUCCUCCUGCAGUUCCAGUGUCGAAACAGGCUGUUACUCACUGGGACUCCCAUUCAGAACACAAUGGCUGAGCUGUGGGCCCUGCUCCACUUCAUCAUGCCUACGUUGUUUGAUUCCCAUGAAGAGUUUAACGAGUGGUUCUCCAAGGACAUUGAGAGCCACGCUGAAAAUAAGUCCGCCAUCGAUGAGAACCAACUUUCCAGACUGCACAUGAUCCUAAAGCCCUUCAUGCUGCGCAGGAUUAAAAAGGAUGUGGAAAACGAGCUCUCUGACAAGAUUGAGAUCCUGACCUACUGCCAGCUAACAUCCCGGCAGAGGCUGCUCUAUAAAGCUCUGAGGAAUAAGAUCUCUAUUGAGGAUCUGCUGCAGUCAUCGAUGGGAACAGCCCAGCAGGCUCACAGUACCACCUCCUCACUCAUGAACCUGGUCAUGCAGUUCAGGAAGGUGUGUAACCACCCUGACUUGUUUGAGCGCCAGGAGACACGUUCUCCUUUCCACAUGUCCCUCAAGCCCUAUGUCAUGUCCAAGUUCAUGUACCGUCACGGCCUCCUACAUUCAGACAACCAGGCCAAAAACAAAUUACUUCAAGUGCUACUGUCUCCUUUUUCUCCAAAUCACAUCCAGCAGUCUCUUUUUCACAGAAAAGGUGAUGAUAAAGGAAGCUGUUUCUCCUUCCUGCGCUUUAUUGAUGUGUCACCUGCUGAGAUGUCCAAUCUCAUGCUGCAAGGCACCUUAACCAGGUGGUUAGCACUUUUUCUGUCCCUGAAAGCUGCAUAUCGGCUCAACUAUCAACGCCUGUUUGGCCUUGAAGCAGCAGAGCAGGGGGAAGUCCAAGAUGGAGGGGGGAGCAGGACUACGUGUCUAUCACACAGGGACUUGAUUCUGUGGCUAAACAGACCUACCGCCUUCCCAAACGCACGCACCAGCCCAGUUUUCCAGGAGCUAGUUUUCACAGCUGUCAGACCGGGCAUGAUGGGACACACAGACGUGACGAUCCACAACCGAAACUCUGCCACUUCCACACUGCGGUCCUGCCAGCCCACACUGCCACCCAAGUUCCUUCUCACCGCCACGCCCAGGGUGACAGCAGUUCCCAUGGAGCGAUAUUGUGACGAUCGCAGUGCCGAGUACGAGUGGCGGGUGACACGAAGCGGAGGUGGAACAGUCUUCAAGCAAUGCUUCCUCUACGGCUCUCCUGAACUUGCCUCUGAUUGGUCUACGAGAGCCAAUUCCUUCCACCCACAAUGCCCUGGGGGUAUAAUGGGCCUGUACCCUCGCCAUGGAUGGUCCUUCAUUCGGAUACCCGAUAAAGAGAGCCUUAUCACCGAAAGUGGAAAGCUCCAUACCUUGGAUAUCCUGCUGAGUCGACUAAAGGCCCAGGGACACAGAGUCCUCAUCUACUCCCAAAUGACCCGCAUGAUAGACCUACUGGAGGAGUACAUGGUGUAUCGAAAGCAUACCUACAUGCGCCUCGAUGGAUCUUCUAAGAUUUCUGAACGCAGAGACAUGGUGGCAGAUUUUCAGAGCAGGACGGAUAUCUUUGUUUUCCUGCUGAGUACAAGAGCCGGAGGGCUUGGCAUUAACCUGACUGCUGCUGAUACUGUUAUUUUCUAUGACAGUGACUGGAACCCGACGGUGGACCAGCAGGCCAUGGACAGAGCUCACAGGCUGGGUCAGACCAAGCAGGUCACAGUCUAUCGUCUCAUCUGCCAGGGGACCAUCGAGGAGAGGAUACUGCAGCGCGCCAAGGAGAAGAGUGAGAUCCAAAGGGUGGUGAUCUCUGGAGGCAACUUCAAACCCGACACCCUCAAACCCAAGGAGGUGGUCAGCCUCCUUUUGGAUGACGAUGAAUUGGAGAAGAAACUGCGUCAGAGACAGGAGGAGAAGAGGCUGCAGGAGGAAAGCAGCAAAGUGAAAGAGCGCAAGAGGAAGAGGGAGAAAUACGCAGAGAAGAAGAAGAAUGAGGAGACGGAGAACAAGAGGAAGAAAGAGGUGAACCUGGUCAUCUCCCACGCGCCCUCAGCUGACAACUCCAACCUGUCAGCAGAUGGAGACGACUCCUUCAUCAGCGUUGAUAUGGACUCGGCUAUGCCCAGUCCCUUCAGCGAGCCCAGUUUCCUUGCUCCCUGUGGUGCUGACCCCCAUCCUGUGUGUGUGUCUGUGUGUGUCCCUGUGCGUGGGCAGAUCUCUCUGAGCAGUGAACUCCAGGCCGGCUCGUUGCCGCCGGACGCCGAUGCCGACGAGAGCAGCAGCGACAUGCUGGUCAUCGUGGAUGACCCGGUUUCUUCCGCACCUCAGUCUCGUGCCACCAACUCCCCCGCCUCGGUGUCUGGAUCUGUCUCAGACAACAUGAACGGUGUUUCUGGUGCCGACACUAUCAGCCCCGGCAGAGGCAGGUCCGGCCGCAGUCGGGGACGACCGAAAGGAUCAGGAGGCGGGGCAAAGUCUGGAGGAAAAGGUCGAGGGCGUAAGUCAACAGCGGGGAGCGCGGCAGCUAUGGCGGGGGCGAUGGCCGGUGCAGCCGCUGCCUCAGCAGCAGCAUACGCCGCCUACGGCUACAGCGUUUCUAAGGGUCUCUCUGCAUCCAGUCCGCUCCAGCCGUCUCUGGGCCGGUCCGGUACCAGCCCCGCCUUCAACCCCAGCAGAAGCUCGUCUCCCCAGGCCAAAGGAGCCACUUCCACCCCGAGUCCCCACAAGCAGCUGGCCCACAGCCACCAUCACACCGGCAGCCACGGCGCGGUCAGGAAGGGCAAGGGCCCGGGCGCUCCUGGGACUCGAUAAUGCGUAUACACACACACACACACACACACACACACACACACUGUUGAAGCAUGAAUGUGCACUCACGGACACACAAUUGCCUCACUUUAAAACACACACAUAAAUAACUGACCUAUUCUCACUGUGAUCCUUACAAACACCCUACGCUUGAACUGAAACAUGGAGAAAACAGUAUUUAUAGUAACUGAGUAACUGAGGCUCACUACCUGGAGGACCGUGCUCUGGCUGCUCUUCACACCAACACACACACACAGAGUCACAUGAAGGUACAAACAACCCACCGCUGUCCCUUUUCCGGCCGCCACAUUUCUUUGACUUUUAUUUAAACGUGUCCAGGUCAGUGGACAAAAUCUGCCUUGACUAUUUUUGUUCGCAUAGUGACAAGUAUUUCCAAGUGCUAUUUGAGAAGACGAACUGUACUUUUCCUAUUUAACGACAGACGGGAAGCUCUUUCGAUUCGCUAUCCGGCCGCGACGCCACAACCGAGGCGCGAUCCGACACACGUAGCUAGCGUAAAGGGCUCUCCGAAUUUCUCGCGUAGCGAUGCAAAGGAGUUUCUGUCAAAUGCACUGAGCCACGUCUUCCUUUUCCUCGUCGUUACUAUCUCUCGUUCACGUACGAUAGGUUAUUUAAUUGUUCCGUAGAGACGCUCAGUGCAAAACCGGUGGAUAAUUCUAAAUGUCAACGCUUAAUGUGAACCCAUAACUUCCCAACACAAACUUUACCAAACAAAACGUCAGCUUUUGUACUAAAGCUCUUAUUUUUAUAUUACAAGAUGUGAGAACCCGUACCAACAUAGCAGGUCUUAAUAUUUUGAAAAUGUUUUGUCCAUAAAAUGUAUCGCAGUACAAAUGGAAAAUGAGAAGUGAAUAUAUAUUUUUUUUUGUCCAGCAGGAAAAACGUAUGGAUAUUGUGCAAAAUUCUCUUCCAAAACGAUGGGUACUGCUUGACUGGAAAAUGCUGCUAACAAAUUUAUCAAAAUCAGAUUUAGAGUUGUUUGGUUUUCUAACGCUUAAUUUAUUUCCAUUGUAUUGAAAAUGGGCCGUUUAUGAUCAUUGUGAAUAUUCGCCUGUAUAACAGUGUAAAUUGUACCGAAGCUAUUGUUAUUUUUCCGAAGAAAAGUGUUCUUGUGAUGAGGAGUCUGUGGUUCUCUUUGAUGUCAUUGAUGUUUUAGAAAAAGAAAAAGGCAUUUUUGCGUCGAGCACUACAUCUGUUCUAGGUUUGUUUGUUUUGUUAAUAGUGUGAUUAAAAUACGAUGUUCUAUAUUGAUGUACAUAAUGAUGAGGGCGAUAUUUCCUCUGGCUUUUCCCACACUCGCCUGUCUAUUUUUAUAGGUCAUGUGUACAUACGAAUAAAUGCAUCUGCCAUUUUACUAACAGGAAGAGCCAACUGAAAAUAAAAGAGUGCUAAAUCAGC